AUGUCUCGCCAAGGAUCCGUCGACGACAUUGAGUCGCAGCAGAAGAACGGCAUGACUUCUUCUGCCACUGCUGCCCCCGUCGAGCCGCGUCACAGGCAGCUUGCCGACCCUUCGCCCUUGGGUCUGCUUGCUUUUGCCCAGGCUCUGUUCCUCGUCAGCUUGUUCGGUGUCAACCCUCAGGGCGUUACUACUCCCAACAUUCUGAUUGCCAGUCUCAUUGCCUACGGCGGUCUCGGUCAGACCAUUGCCGGUAUCUUUGCCUUUAUCCACGGCAACACCUUUGGCGCCACCGUCUUUUGCACCUAUGCCGGCUUCCAGCUCUCGUACGCGCUCAUCUACCUUCCCGGCUCGGGCAUCAUUGCCGCCUACACGGAUGCGACCACGGGCCUGCCCACGGCCGACUUCCUGACGGCUAUUUCCCUCUUCAUCUGGGCCUGGUUCAUCGUCACCAUGAUCUUCACCGUCGCCGCCGUCCGCAGCAACCUCAUCAUGCUGCUCGUCCUCGUCUUUACCGAUCUUACCCUCUUGUUCCUCGCCGUCUACUACCAGACCAGCAUUGCCGCCUGCGGUACCGCCGCCUCGGCCUUUGGCUUCGUCACUGCUUUCAUGGCCUACUGGGCUGGUGCCCAGGCGCUGUGGAGUGUGACCAAUGGCGUCAACUUGCCCAUGAUCCCGCUCACCAAGCAGGAGAAGUCUGCCUAA